UAUUUCGGCGCAUAGCAUUUUUGGAUUGGAUUAAAAUCGGUCGGAAAUCGGAAUUGUUCUCCCUCUUUCUCUGGAUAGAAGGUCGUAAUCGAUCCUAAGAACCCUAGAAUCGGAAAUUUGAUCUGAAAACCACCGAUUCAGAGGAAUUUGAUCUGAAAAUCACCGAUUCAGAGGAAUCUUGGCGUGACUCCGAUACCGAUAUUUAAUGCCAUUGUUUAUAUCCCAUGCUCUGAAUCACCUCUCCACGAGUCGUUAGGAGAGAAAGAACUGAGAAGCAUUUCUUUCUCCUCCGGUAAUCGAAAGCUCGAAGCUCUGAUCAUCAGAGGCAAAAUCGCGACAAUGUCUGGUCGAUCGACGUAUAACAGACAAGACGGAAACAGAGGCGCGAUGCGAACUCAGAAGAAAUUUGUCCCGAAGACGACCAAUACCAAUACUACAAUUUCAACAAAAGAACCCCUCGUUCCAAAACCCGCGCUCUCUACUUCUCUCAGACGAUCUUUCCCUACACAAUCAUCCGAUGUUGCAGCAGCUACGACUUCCUCCUCAUCUUCCAGCAGCAGCAGUAUCGCCACCGCCACCGCCACCGCCACCGCCACCGCCAACGCCACCACCACCACCGCCACUUCGAUUACUACUAAUAGUAGGGUUCGAUUGGGUGAGAAUGGGGACUGGGUUUCUAAUCGUCAACAAGGUGGGAACUUCGUUAAUUAUCUUCCACAUGAUGAAGCUGUCGCCUCCGGCCUCGGUGCUGAAGAUGGCGCUUUGGAUGCGGUAGAAUCUCAGCGUGUCGUCGACCUUCUCAACAGGGAGUUGUCUCGCUUGCUCAACUUGCCCCCUAGAGAUUUCUGGAGAGAAGUGGCCAGUGAUGCUUCCUUGCACGAUUUUCUGGAUAGCUAUCUACAGUUUAGAAAUCGAUGGUAUGACUUCCCUCACCGGGGAGCCAAGGGAAUAGUCGCAGGGGUCAUUGUUGGAGAAUUAGAGCUUAGCCGUCGUGUCUUUAUGGCCUUAUAUCGCAUAUCUUCCAAUAGGGAUCCUGGUGCCCUGGCCAGUGACAGCCUUAGUGCUAAGGAGCAUGGAGAGGGUGCGCUCUUUAUGCCGCAGCAUGAUUGGCUGCAUCAGCCUUCCACAUUGUUGAGAUCACUGAGCUAUCAAGCCAUUUUGCAGGAAAAGAAGCUACUUGACUUGCCAAAGUUGUUGGAUAUAUGUGCUGUAUAUGGUCAUGACAAUGAGGAGCUAACUAAAUUACUGGUUAUUAAUUCUCUGAAAGCGCAGCCAAAGAUCCAUGAAAAUUUAGCAUCUGUGGUAUCUCAUUUCCUGAACAUUGUCCACACAAUGCAUCAACGUUGCAGCUCAUCACUAGAGGUCUUAUUUUCCUCUGGAAUCCAUGAAGACAGUCGACUUUAUGCAGAUUUCUUAGAGGUGAUGGACUUUGUAAACGAUGCAAUUGCAUCAUUUUCUACUUUUGUUAAUGCCUACAAACCUGCAGCUGUAUUCUUCUCUUGUCCUGUUGAAACAAGUUAUGGAAACGGGGAACUACUCACUACCCUUUCAAGAUUACACGAUUCAUUGCUUCCAUCUUUACAACAGGGUUUGAGACAUAUGUUUACAGCUCAAGCAGAUACAGUUCAGAACUUGGUUGGAGAAAACCAGUCCAAUAUUGCUAGUAGUUUCAAGAUGUUAUCAACAAGAAUUGUUAACUUUGGUUGGCAAUUACUGGAUAUCUGUUAUCUUAGUGAUGAAGUAUUUCUAGGUGGCCUUCAGUUUCUGGCUUCAACAAAGAUGUUUCCUGCCAAUGUUGAGGAUCCAGUAAUAAGGGGAGAUAUUUUGGUUCAAACUUUUAGGGAGAUACAUGGAGAAGUUUCAAAUUAUUCUCAAGAGAACCAGAGGAAAGGAACAUUCUUUCAGAACAUUGAAAAAAAUUACAGAAUGUUGAACAGACUUGAGAAUCUACGUGGUAGUGGAUGGAUUUUCAUGGAUGAAGAACAAUAUCAAUAUUUAUGCCGUGUUGUGAUGCCUCCAUCUUCAAAAGUUGUAACUAGAGAACACAACGGACCACCUUUACUCACAAACAAGGUGCAGAUGGAUGAAGAUGCUGCAAUUACUGAGUCCAAGAUCAGUCAAAUAAAAGAUCUCUUCCCUGAAUAUGGCAAAGGAUUCCUCUCUGCAUGUCUUGAAGUUUACAAUCAAAACUCAGAAGAGGUGAUUCAGAGGAUACUGGAUGGAACUCUACAUGAAGAUUUACAGUCCCUAGAUAUUUCCCUAGAAAAUAUUCCACCACCCAAAUCUGCAUCUUCUGUGGGUAGGAAUUAUAAAGGAAAAGGGGCACUAAUAGAGCCUGCAGUGUUGCCUUCUGAUGGUGUGGUUGCUGCAGUGAAGGAUACCAGGGGAUCCUCAUCUUCUGGUUCAUCUUUCACUGGAUGGUAUAUCAGGAAGUCCAAGGAUGGUUUGCCUGACCCUAGCACCUUGGACUUGAGAAAUGACAAGGAUUUAGCUAAGACUUCACUUCUUGCAUCGCAGUACGAGUAUGAAGAUGAAUAUGAUGACUCAUUUGAUGACUUGGGUUUGAGUCUUGUGGAUUCUGGAUUUGAGGAGCCAGAGAUACUUCGAGACAGGAUCAGCACAACUCGGGGGAAAUCUCGGGGAGAUGAAACUGGAAUCUCUGGCUCAAACCCGUAUGGUUCUAAAUUGAAUUCUCAGAAGCAGCCCCAGUUUUAUGUCAAGGAUGGUAAGAACUAUAGCUACAAAGUUUCUGGUUCUGUUGCGGUUGGAAGUGCUCAGGAAGCUGCAGUAGUAAAUCAAGCGCAGAGAGAAAUGAUUCAUGGUCUUGGCCGUGGUGGAAACGUUCCCCUCGGGGCUGGUAGAACACUGACCGGGGCUGAUGAACAGCCGGAGAACCAGUCAGAGACUCCUGAGACAGGAGGGAGAGGGAAUAUGACACACUCAAGGGGCAGAGGAAGAAGAGGAGGUGGUAGCAAUCAUUACAGAAAGGAUAGAGCCAUGAAGAAGCACUUCUCAGGACUAGGUGGCUACUAAAGGACAUGAAUGGAACUGAUACAUCAGUUGUAAUACCUUCUUUGUCAGUCUUUUGAUUUUUGAAGAACAAGGUUCUGUGGGCUCUAUGGGUGAUGCUUGCCAUGGGCUGGUCACAAGGAAGAAGGAACAGUUCGUAAGGGCAGACCCAAGGGUACCCUUUGCUUGCUGAAAUUCACCCAAAUGAUAAAAGCCGUCAAGUAAAAGUGCUGUAGGCUGUAGCCAUUUUGGGAGAGCGUAUAAGGUUAAAGAUCAUUAGAUCACGUUGCACUUCAUGGUGAGAUUGUCUGGUGAGACCUGAGAUCCAUCCGGGUGUGGAGUCUUGAGAUUCCUCUGAAGUAGCAAGAAACGUCUGUUGGAGGGUCUAACCCAAAACCUUGAGGUAAUAAUGAUGGCGCAACUCAUAUUUCUCAAGCAUCACACCAUUAACCAUGUUGGAGCUUAUAUCGGGUUAGCAACAUUUUCACAAUGGAUGCAAAGGCACUAAGGAUCUGGACUUUGAUACCACAUUGGAGGGAUCAAUCCAAAACCUUAAGUUAAUAGUGAAGGCAACUCAUAUUACUCAAGCACGACCCAAUGAGGUCCAUCUCAAGCCAGCCACGCUUCUGCUAUAGGUGCUACAAAAGGGAAUUGUCACUGCCUUGAAUAAUUAUGUCUUGUUUGUUGAUGCAUGCUCCUUAUGAACAAGUAAAACUCUUGCAUGGUUGGUUGUUAAUGUUAUACAUCUCUCAUUCAUAUGUAACAAAUAACCAACUGGUUGUGAAAAGUUACUUUUCCAAUGAUUUACAGUCAUUCUUGCCUGGUCA